GGGGUGCUGGGCCAGGGAGAGUUCCUUAAGGUGGGGUGGAGGCGUCAGAAGACAGGGCCCCAGACUUUGAGGGAGGGGGUUGCCCCCGCCAUUGCAGGUCGGUCUCGGGGCCGGGAUCACCAAGGCUGGGGUGGCCCGGCCUUCCUUGGAGGGGGCCAGGCCAGGGGCUCCCCCCACCAGGCUAGCGGAAGAGGCAGGUAGGAGAGGGUACUGGGUAGGAUCAGAGACAGUGGGCCCCUCUGUCGCCCCCCCCCCAAAGGUUAUGGCAUUUCUUUCUGGGAUUGUCACAUUUUCUUAUUCUUUUUUUGGAAUGGGCGGCUCUGGACGUUCCUUUUCCUUCUGUGGUGCGGAGCAGCAGCCACUCCCAGGGGAAACUCUGUCCCCAGAGGCUGGACUGGCCGCCUAUCCAGCUUCUCCAUCCCAGACUCGGGGGGCCAAAGUCUGGGGGCUAGGGAAAGGGAGGCGCCCCCAGAACAUCAGCAUGAGAGGCAGGAGGACCCUAGUUCAGACUCCCUACCCUCCCAGGAGGCAGCCCAGGGCACCCAUGGGUGCCCCAGGGUAUGGCAUGGCCUCAGCGGCCUAGGGAGGGCACGGGGAGCCAAGUGUAGGGACCAUGCCAAGGGCCUGGGGAAGAAGGGACUUGGCCCCCACCAUGGGGCUCUGCACCCUAAACAGGUCCCCUUCCUCCAAUUCAGAGCAGGUUGGAGCUAAGGGAGUGGGGAGGGGCAGGGCCAGCUCCACUCACAGUGGGGGUGGUGUGGAAGAGGAAGUCAUCACCCUGUCUGGGGGUACAGCUCCCGGAUCUCAGGAGGAGCCACAGCCCUUCCUCUCCCUAGAAACCUGACCCCAGGGAAAGUGCAUUGUUUCCCCAUCUGUGGGGCCUGUAGGCCUCAGUUUGAGGGCCCCCCACAGGGUCUGUGAAGCCAGGCAGAUCGUAAGGGCCUAGGCUCCAGAGAACCCUGUGCCCACCCUCUCCCUCAAAGCCUGUCAGAGCCAGGCCUCCACAUGCCCAGGCCAGGGAGCAGCAUCGUCGUGGCCCCUGAGAGCUGCCACACGAGGCCCCCAUAACCAGCCAGGGGCCCCACGAGUAGGCCUGCCUAGAGCGUUCACCUUCACUCCUUCCCUGGAGCCCUGAGAGCCAACCCGGACAGACUGAAACUGGGAUUAAAACACCAUGAGCAGGGGUAGGGUGGGGGUAUACUGAAUGAGAAAAGAGAGUGGAACAGGGUCAAGUGGCAGGUGUAGUGUGUGUGGGCAAGGGGCAUUCAAAAUCACCUGCAGGGUUCAGAUUGGCCAGGCUGCACUGAGUAAGUCCAAUGGGUCUCUGGUGCCCCCACCCCUGCCUCCACCCCCAGGCUUGGCGAAACCAUCUGCGUUGGCACCCCUGCCCAAGGUGCAGUGCAAACAGAGGCAGGAUGGCCAGCACAGGGACUCCAGGCCCCAGCCCAGGAACAGGUGCCCCCUCCCCCAGCCUGGCACCCCCAGCAUGGCACGCCCUGCAGUGGGGCGCUUGGCUGCAGUGGUUUCCGCUGCCUAGAGGCAGCGGUCGGGCGGGGGUGCCACGGAGACACUGGGUGCAGGCUAAGAAGGCAGCACUGUCAAGGCAUGGGUUUCUGGGAGAAGGUGGGUGCCUGCAGGCAGGGACGGCACCAAAGACUGAAGUGGGAAGUGGGGCACUGGGCCAGGGCAAGUUUCUCUGAGACACCCCCCCGCCCCACUCCCCACACCCUCAGAAAGUCCUUCCCCAAGUCCCACUCAAAUUCUCCAUGCUGCAGGCCCAGCCUGCUACUCUGUUGAGUCCUGGUGAAUUGUCAGAAUCCUGAGACUGACAGGCAGAUUCAAGGCUCUUGGUUGUGAGCAACCGUACCCAGCGCCCACAGUCUGGACAGAAAACCCAGAAUGAAGGGAGCUGGCAGGGGGUAGGGGGGCUCUGAAUGUCUGACUGCCACCCCCAUGACUCUAAGGGGCCCCCAGCCCCCUUGGGGAGGGGCAGAGAGCUGGAAACCAAGAAAGAGGAACCCAGGCUUCCGGCUUCCCAGGGACCGAGCUGAUGGGGGUGUCCCGGAACCUUCCGUGGGGGCCUCUUCUGGGGCCCAGACUAGGAUUGAGGGGCCAGAAGCUGCUACAGCCCCCUCCCCAACUGACCUGGGCCUGCAGUCCUGGUACCCCCGGCCGUGGUGAGGGUUCCGGAGCAGGCACCACAGAGCCUGGGGGACCUUCUUGGCCCACCCAUGCCCACCCCGCAUGAGGCUGAGAAACAGCACACAGGGCCAGAGGAGGCGGACCAGCCGCCCUCCAUGUCCAGGCAUGACGCGGCCCCUCCUGCGGCCGUCCCGGCUGCCCCCAGCCGCAAUCCCUGCUGCUUGUGCUGGUGCUGCUGCUGCAGCUGCUCCUGGCAAGUUGCUGCCAUUCUCUAAUGUUAGGAAUGAAGAGCGGCGGCGAGCCUGGCGGGCUUCUCGGGAGACCAAGCUGCAGCCCCUCCCCAGCUGCGAAGCAUGCGCCGCGCCAAGCCCUGAAGAGGUGCGCAGCUGGGCUCAGUCCUUCGACAAGCUGAUGCGCAGCCCCGCUGGGCGCAACGUGUUCCGCGAGUUCCUGCGCACGGAGUACAGCGAGGAGAACAUGCUCUUCUGGCUGGCCUGCGAGGAGCUCAAGGCCGAGGCCAACCAGCACGUGGUGGACGAGAAAGCGCGGCUCAUCUACGAGGACUACGUGUCCAUCCUAUCCCCCAAGGAGGUGAGCCUGGACUCGCGCGUGCGGGAGGGAAUCAACAAGAGGAUGCAGGAGCCAUCUGCGCACACGUUCGAUGAUGCACAGCUGCAGAUCUACACGCUCAUGCACCGGGACUCCUACCCUCGCUUUCUCAGCUCCCCAGUCUACCGCGCCCUGCUGCUCCACGGGCCCACCCCGUCCUCGUCGGAGGCCUGAGCCCGCCUCAGGCACCAGGACCCUAGGGCCCCAUGUGGGCUUCCACUGCAAGGCAAGUCGAAUUGGGGUCCGGGACCCCAGGAAGUCCCGGCUGGCCGCUGACUCCAGGCUCCGCCCCACGAGGCCAGGCAGAGGCUCCAGGUGCUCCAGGUCCAGCUGAGGCAAGUGUGGGGGGCGUCUACUCCUGGGUGGCCAGCAGCUCUUCCAUCGCCAUCCCCCAGGGGCUCCUGCACCAUGAGGGUCCUUCCCAGGCGGCGCAUCUGGCCCAGAGAAUUGCCUUUGGUGGAAACCAGAACCUCUACACUGCCUGUUUUUAUAAUUCGUGGAGCCCCCGACUAGAGCUGCCUGCAUGCUGGGAUCAGACCCUGACCCCAGAACUGGGCUCCACAGACAGGAGCCUCGUUUCCAUUUUGUUCAAGACUUUAAAGCUGGAAGCGUCCUUACUGUGUUCUACCAAAAAAAAAAAAAGGUUUUAUAUUUAUCUCCAUGCCCAAGAUAAGGAUGUCUUAUACUAAA